AUGACGAUAUUCAACAUAUACAUUUUCGACCGGGAAGGUCAAUGUUUAUACUACGACGAGUGGUUCCGGACGAAGCAAUCAGGGCUUCCGCCGAUCCAGGAAUACCAACUCGUCUUUGGAAUGAUGCUGUCGAUGAAAUCCUUCUCCGAAAGGCUUUCCACCAAUGAUUCCAAUCAAACUGUGAACAGUUUCCGAACUUCCGCCUACAAAAUGAACUUUUUAGGUUAGUUUUGAGUGGAAAUGUUUUUUUUUUAGUAAAAUGCUUUAUUUUUGUCGCUUUUUCUUGAUUUUCAAGGGAAGAAAUUGUAAUAUAGUUGAAUAAUGUUGAGAAUCGGCGACAGGAGUGAAGAUCCUUCUGAACAGCGACCCGGCGGCGACCGGGAUGCCCGACCUCCUUCAGAAGAUCUACCAGGCCUGGGUCGAGACCGUCAACAGCCCCGUGGCGAAUCUCCUCGGCGAGGGCAUCGAUCACGGAUUUCUGCAGUCCAAGAUCCGCGACGUCGUCACCAAACAUCCCGCCUAUGUUUAG